AUGCAUAAUUUUUUGUUUGGAAAUAGAAGAACAAAUUAUUCAAGUUACAAUCCCUUUGGUUCUUAGAAAAGCUUGAAACCAGGAAUUAUAAGUAAGAUAAAAAAUAAGAUUUAUGGAUUAUUUCAACCAACAAUUAACUCAUAAAGUUUAAUCCAACGAAUACCAUAAUUAGAAGAUAACAAUUUAGAAUAAGAACUAUCUAAUUAAUUUAAAAAUAAUCUUGUUCUAAUAGAUAGAAUUAUGCCAAUUAAGGAAGAGAAUAUAGGACUCAAACGCAAGUCCAUAUUUCCUUUUGAAUAAUACCUAAAAGAGGAAUUUGAUACUGAUAAAAAAAUAUAUAGAAAAACAUAAAAUGAUUCAAAUAGAAAACAUAUGAAUUAGAAGAUCAGAAUGUCGAAUUCUAAAAAACAAAAGAAAUUUAAAAAAGAUCACUCGAAAAUUUAUAAAAUUCAAAAAAUGGAAGGUAAUAUUUGUAAAUAAUAACAAUAGAAAAUCCAAAUUAGUUAGGGUUUAACCUAAAUUAUCAAAAUUUAAAGUAAAAUUUAGAAGUAAAAUAAGAAAAUUCUUCAGAAUAUUUAUAAAAUGUUUCCAUUAAGUAGUUGAAAUAGUUUAAUACUUUAAUUUAAGAUAGUAUUCCAUUUAAAUAAUAAAAAGGUGAAACAAAUAAUUAUUUAUCACCAGUAAAAAUACGAAUAAAUCAGUCAAUUAUAUAAAAUGAUGAGAAUAAAAAUAAAGAAUCUAAUUCUAUAAAAGGACUUAAAGCAUCUUUAUCUUCUCUAUAUAGUUCAUCAAAUAAAGAAUUUGUGAAGGAUGAUUUAAAUAUAAAUAAAAAAUUUUCAAGUUCAACUGGAACUAAUACAAAAGGUGAGGGAAAUGAAACAAUACUAAGUUUUAAAAAUGAUGAUUUUCAAUAAGAACUUUAAGAAAAUAUAUAAAAAUUAAAAUAAAAUAAAAAUACUUCAAUUUUCAAAUAAAAUUAAGAUGAAAUGUUUCAAAAUAAUUAAGCAUCAAAUUAUUUUAUAACAAAAUUGAAUCAAGUAAAUAAUUUGAGUAUUAAAAUAGUAAUCAGAAGAGUUCAAAAAGGAGAAGUGUACAAUAUUAGAAGAUUAUGUCAAUCAAACAUAAAAAAGUGAUGAAAAUUUACAACUUUAAGAUUUUGAAGGAUCAAACUUAAUUUAAAAUUUAUUUAAUGGAAAUAAAUAAAUUAUUUAAUAAGAUAUAAAAAAUGAAGAAGAAAAAAAGGAUAUUUUAUCUAUCAAAUCAAAUACCAAUCCAUGUUGUUAAGAAUUCUAAAAAAUAAUUAUAAGUAAUACUGAUACCAAUAUCCAAAAAUAAAAUGUAAAUUAAGAAUUAUAUCUUUCAGAAAUGAAGAUAAAAUAAGAUUUUCAAAAUUAACAAGAGAAAAUAAUCCCAUAAAACCAAUUGUAAUAAGAAUAAUAUAUGAAUAGAAGUUUUAAAACUUAGAUUGAAAAAUAAAAUUAACUAUCAGUAGAUAUCUCAAAAUUUUAGGAUUCAUAAUCACAGUAGUAAAAUAAUGAAAUUCAAAAGAAUAUUCUUCAAAAUAGCUUUUUGACUAAUUAGAAUAAGCAAACAAUUGAUAAAAAUGAGAAAUUAGGAAAAGAAUAAAACCCAUUUUUAAUAUCAAGUCCUAAAAUUAGUUAUGAUCAAAUAAGUUUAUAUUUUUAAUCUAGUGCAAUAUCCAAUUAAAAUAAAUAAUGCUAAUCAUAAAAUUAGAAUUAAGGAAUGAUAGAUAUUUUCAAAAUUUCAUAAUAAUAAUCAUCUUAAUAAAUAAUGAACAAAGUUUAGGAUAAAUACAAUUCUUAAAAUUUAUAAUAAACAAUUAAUCAUUUCGAGAAUCCAAAAAUACUUUAAUACUCAUUUAAUAAAUAAAUGGAAAUCAACGAAUAAUCUCCAUUAAUUCAUUAAAAUAUUUAAAAUUAAUAAUAAAUAUUUGAUUCAGCAAAAUUAAAUUAUUAUUAAUAGUAGCCGACUUAAUAGAAUAUUCUUUUUUAAUAGUAAUAAUAAUGGUAGCAUUAUCCGUUAUAAAUAUAACUUUAAAAUAAUUUUCCUUUAUAACAAAAUACUUCAAAUUAAGUUUCAAGUUUAAAUUUAUUCCAAUCUAAUCCUUACUAAUAAUAAUAAUCAAAUUAAAUAAUGAAUAAACCUCUUUACUUAAAGAAUGAUGUCUUAUCUCUUUUUUAGGAUACUAAAAAAUCUGAUAGAGGUGAAAAUUUAAUUUAUAAUUUAGAUAUUUUUUAGACUUAAUAAUAUCAAUAGACAAGUUAAAGUUUGAAUAAUAGUUUAAAUAAAGGUAGAAAGAAGUAAAGGAUUAAUAAUUUUUGA